CAGAGACCCAGGAGCUCCUGACCAUCUGCUGAGCUUUAUUCUGGAAUAACAACCCGCCAUAGCUGCAAAGCUCGAAGAUUUAAUCAUGUGUGUUUGUGUAUCGACUCUGUUCUGCAAGGAAAACAGAUCCAGCUCAUCCAUGUGAGGGGAAACAUCCAGAAAUAAUGCGGGAUUAAACCCAGACCAGGCUCGAACCCAUCCCAAUAAUCUGUGGCUUUAUACAAAGGCUUGGUGCCUCUGGUCUUUACUGAAAUAUGAAAAAACACAUAUGAAGUCUGAUGCCCACAUCACCUGAAGCCGGCUAACAAAUAAAAACUGUGAUGGACCCCCCACACAAAGACUUAGCACCACAAGACAUGGCAAACCCUCAGGAAGUCUGCAACAGCUCUGUAAGCGGAGGUGAUGGCACUGGCAAAAUCGAGAAGGACACCAGUACAGCAAUCCCAGAUGAGACGUGGACUGUCACUUCUCCCAUCAUGACCAAGAGGUCCGUCUCUCCACUUUUAACCAUUCAAGCCACACCCAUGGUGGCCCCGGCUACAGAAACUUCCGGAGGGGUUUCUCUUAAAGUGGCAACCACGGUCUUUCAGCCCAUCUGUUUGGGUGAGAGUCCAGUUAUGCUGCCCAUCCUAACAGGCACAGCAGCUCCUCAGGUUGGGCAGGCUGGAACUACCCCAUACCUGAUGACCAGCCAGGGUCCACUGUCCCUACCCCUGGUUCUAGAACAGCAGGUGCUGCAACACCUGAGCCCACAGCUGCUUCAGCAGACUACCUGCCCAGCUCUUACACUGCAAAACAACAUGUUGUGCCAGAACCAGUCAGUCACUCUUGGGCCUCUCCCUUCCCUGGACCAGAAAGGUGCUGGACCAGUCCUGGAUGCCAGUCUGCUGACUCUUCUCCAGAACCCAAACUUUGCUGCUAUGUUGCAGGAUCUUUUUCCUGGCCAGGCUAAUACCUCACCUAAUUAUCAUCAAGUGACAUCACCACAGGCAGAUCCAUUCUCAACUACUUUUCUCCCCCCUCCUCCACUUCUACAACAAUAUAGUUCUCCACUUGCCCCACUUGUGCCUCCAGCCACCCUGCUCGUCCCCUAUCCAGUUGUCAUUCCCCUGCCAGUUCCACUUCCUAUUCCAAUUCCCAUUCCAGUCCCAGUGUCUGCUUGCAAGGAUUCCAAGGUAGACACUGAACCAUUAAAACCUGCCAGCUCUAUCAGUAAGGGCACUCAAACAACUAUGGAUGGCUUCUCCUGUACUAUAGCGAUUCCCAGUAAGGACAUGGCAACCCAACAACCACUCAUUUCAUACCAUUCCUCACCAGUGGUGACAGAUGGGGAAGUGCUAGACUUGUCACUUAAGGCACCCCAAUCUCAGCAAGUGCACACUGGAAGUUCCCAGGAAGUACAACAGUUUCAGCAAGACAGUGUUCUUGACUUAUCGGUUUCCAGUGAGAGGAAGCCAUGCAUCCAGUCUGGUAGUAUCCAUGGGUCUCCAGUAUUUGACCGAGAAAGAGCUUGUAUCACUAGACAAGAUGUCUGUAAUGGGGCUUUAACUCUAGGUGUCUUAAGACCAGUCAAUUGCACUCCUCAAUUGGACUCCAAACUACUAAGCGGUUUAGCAUCUUUAGAGUUUAGCCGACAGCACAAGUGGGUGGUGGACAGCAACGGCGGUGGUUCAGUCACCAGUUCAGUACACGAUGCUGCACUUGGAGGCAGUAGGAAUAUUGAGAUUGUCAGCACUUCCCAGACAGCCAAGGUUAUUGUAGCUGUAAAGGAUGCAAUGCCUGCCAUCUUCUGUGGCAAACUUAAAGGUCUGUCCGGAGUCUCCACGAAGAACUUCUCUAUUAAGUGUGAUGCCAAUCAGCGGGGGUAUGCUGCACUUCCCAGGGCCCAAGGAGACCAGCGAGGGGACUCUAGUGACGCAUUUAAAAAAGGUCCCAAAAACCGAGCGAUUAAAGUAAAGAAGGUCAGCUCCCAGGAGAUUCACAUUCUGCCCUUAAAGAAGCAGCGUCUGGCAGCGUUUCUGCCAAGGAAGUAAUAAAGACUCGGGUAUGGAUUGUUUAAGGGAGGGGAUGCCUGUGGUAACACAGAGUGCAAAAGCAUGAGGGAUGACGUCGAACAGAGAUACAGAGUGAGAAAGGGAAUAGGGUUUUGUUGACACUCCUGGUGUU